UGCCUUGACUGUUAAAAAGAUUAAAUUACCCAUUUAUUCAUCAUAGAAUCGGUUAUGGAAUAAUUUGAGUAAAUUAAAGUCAAAGCAUCGAUUACUCCCAAUGGAAUUCCACCGUCAUAAUCCAUAAAACGAGAGUUGAUUCCGCUAAAGCUUCAACGCCACUGAAUCAAUCAAUCGUACAACUGCGCCCAGUCUUUCAAAGGAGUCGAAUGUUGGAGGUUCAAAGAGUCGACUCCAAUAAUCAAGCGCGUCCUCGGAGAGAGGGCAUGCGGCGAUAACAAUGAGGAGCUGUACAUAGGAUAUCUAAAGAACCACUUGGCUGAGUCUUCUAUGAUUCAGCCACAAUUUACUAUAUCGUAGUAUCACCCAGUUCAAGCAUUGAAUCAUGGCAGACACCAAGCCACCCUCUGACAGGCCUCAGAGGAAGAUGUCCACUACAGGGGAAAGUUUAUACAAGGUGCUGGGACUGGAGAAAGGGGCCACAGCAGAGGACAUUAAAAGAGCCUACAGAAAACUGGCUCUGAAAUACCAUCCAGACAAGAAUCCAGACAACCCUGAAGCUGCAGAAAAGUUCAAAGAAAUCAACAAUGCCAACUCAAUCCUCACUGAUGAGACCAAGUGCAAGAUCUACGAUGAAUACGGUUCCAUGGGGCUCUACGUGUCUGAGCAGUUUGGAGAGGAGAGUGUCAAAUACUAUUUUCUCAUGUCAAAGUGGUAUUUCAAGGCCAUGGUCAUGUGCUGUGCCGUUUUCUCCUGUUGCUGCUGCUGUUGCUGCUGCUGUUUCUGCUGUGGGAAGUGCAAACCACCAGAGGAGGAGAACUACCAGUACGUGGACCCAGAAGACCUGGAGGCCCAGAUCAAAGCAGAGCAGGAUGGUGGAGGUGAAACAAUAAUUAUUGUCCAGCCUAUACCUAGUCCUGGUCCAGAAAUCUGCAGUGAAACUAUACCGGAUGCAAAAUGACUUUGAGGCGGUGAAUUGGAAGAGCUGCAUCAGGGAAGGGAGGCUCAAAUGUCCCUGUUUUGAUCCAGCCCAGUUCCACCAUCAACACCUCAGAGUCCACACAUUUCGCAAGCAGACAGUCCAUGUACAACACCCAGAAAUGAGCCACCCGCCUUGUCCUGGUCCAAGUCAUUACUGAGGGGGUCCUGCUGAUGGACUCUAAGGCCCCUGAUGUAGUGUGCUGACCGCAGGGCAUCAUGGCACCAGGACUAAACUGUGCCACUGAGCCAUACCAUGACUCUGACCCACUGGAAUCGAGUGGCAGUUUGCCAAAAGACAAGGAAGCCUCUGCCAGUCUCACUUCAUCUGUGUCUCCGUUGGUGUGUAUGUCUGUCUGUGCGUAUAUAACUACCCGUUCAUUUUAAAAUAAUAUAGCUAUGAGACUGAUGCCACUAGGCAGUGUUUCAGGUAGGAAGUGAGUUGUACUUUUGGGGUGUUUCUUUUUGGUUCUGGGUAUUUAUUUAUUUAUUUAUUUUAAUGUGUUCGAAGCAUGGACAUGAGUGGAAUGAUCAUGUGAGUGCAUGCAAAGCAAUAACAGCAUGCCACUACUAUACAGCAUAGGACCGUGCAAAAACCCCUCCCACUUAUCUUCAUACAAAUGCACAACAUGGCACCUUUUUUAGUUUGCUUCUUUAGAUGCCAGUGUUUUCCAUUCUCAAGUUAUUCUGCAGUCAUCUGUUACAUUUGCAUUAUAAUGCAUUUC